AUGAUCGAUAAUAAUUCUGUAAAUCAGAGCUUGUAUUUUUAUAGUAAUUUUAAGAAUAUAUUUACCAAUUAUGAAGAUGGAUACAAAGUAAUUCAAAGUAUUUAUAGUAAUAGAAAUGGCCAUGGGAUGCUGGGUUAUUAUGUUCACACUUUUUGUUGGGGAUUUAUUCGUAAAAUAAAAGAGACAAAUGGAGGCAUCAUUAAUGGAUUUCUUACACCUUGUAUGCAAAUUGGUCGUUAUUUAUAUUAUAUACAAAUAUUAGAUGAUCUAAUAGAUAAAAUACCAAACUGUAUAUUCUUCUGUUACAAACUAAGAAACGAACUAGUAAAAUAUUUCGAUGAUACUAAAGUUAUUGAGGAUUUGUACAAAAAUUAUGAGGAUUUUCCGGAUAAUAAGCCUAAAGAUUUCGAAACAUUUAUUCAGGUAUGUCCAAAAUUUGCUGAUUAUCCUGAUAAUUUUGAAAAAUAUAUGAAUUUCUUAAUAAAUUGUAAAUAUGUAGAAAACAGUAACUUUAAAAACAUGCUUGAAGAUAUUAAAAAUUCAUAUUAUGAAAAAUGCCCUAAGGAUAUUAUAAAUUUGGUUACUUCUGUGAUGGUAACAGAAACACGUGAUAUUUCAGACAAGAGCACAAUUGAGAAUAGAAACAAUAUAGGAGGAACAAACACAAAAGGUGUGCCUAAUGAAGAAACAACUGCAUUGAGAAUGAAACUACCUGUUACAGAUACAAUGACAGAAACAAUUACA